AACAUGGCAGCCUGCAGACUACUACGAAGGUUGUUGUAAAUUCGAAAGGUUUUCACAAAAAUACUGUAGACAUGCUCAGCCUGACAAUAAAAGAGGUGUCUUUGGCGCUCAGGGAGGGAAGUAUAUCUCCAACAGAGCUUUGUAGGAAGUGUCUGAACCGCAUAAAGAAAACACAAUAUCUGAAUGCAUACAUCACCAAGACAGAGGAGUUGGCGCUGAAGCAAGCUCAAGAAGCAGAAACCAGACUGCUGCAUGGUGCACCCAAAGGUCCUCUGGAUGGAAUCCCUUUUGCAGUCAAGGACAACUUCUGCACAGAAAAUAUCAAGACCACAUGUGCCUCCAGGAUGCUGAAAGACUACACUCCACCCUACAAUGCUACAGUGGUCCAGAAGCUUUUAGACCAAGGGGCUGUUCUUAUUGGAAAGACCAACAUGGAUGAGUUCGCUAUGGGUGCAGGCAGUACUGAUGGGGCUUUCGGUCCAGUGAGAAACCCCUGGAGCUAUGCUUCUCCCUACAGAGAGCAGACAGCAGCGCCAGACUCUGACUGGGUCAUUGCUGGAGGAAGUUCAGGAGGAAGUGCUGCAGCCGUGGCCUCUCUCACCAGCUACCUGGCUUUGGGUUCAGACACAGGUGGUUCUACUCGUAACCCUGGAGCACUGUGUGGUGUUGUGGCCCUGAAGCCCACUUAUGGUCUGCUGUCCAGACAUGGUCUCAUUCCCCUGGUUAACUCCAUGGACGUCCCCGGAAUUAUGACCCGAAGUGUCAGUGAUGCAGCCAUCGUCUUAGAUGUCCUCCAAGGCUUUGAUUUAAGAGACUCAACAACAAUUCCUGCACCCCCAUCACUUACAGAGCUACCUGAAGAUUUUGAUGCCAGUAACAUCUGUGUAGGCAUCCCCAAGGAGUACCACGCCCCGGGUCUGUCUGAGGAGACUCUAGCGCAGUGGAAUCGUGUUGCUGACAUGUUUGAGAGGGCAGGGGCAAAAGUGCAGCAAGUAUCCCUCCCCCACACCCAGUACUCCAUUGUAUGCUACCAUGUCCUAUGCCAUACUGAAGUGGCGUCUAACAUGGCCCGUUUCGACGGCCUGCAAUAUGGCCAUCGCAGUAUUGUGGACAGCUCGACGGAUGCCAUGUAUGCCUCAACCCGACAUGAGGGCUUCAACGACGUAGUGAGAGGGAGGAUCCUGUCUGGAAAUUACUUCUUACUUAAAGAGAACUACCAGCACUACUUUGUAAAGGCUCAGAAAGUCCGCCGGCUGAUUGCAGAUGAUUUCAAGCAUGUGUUCAGCUCAGGUGUGGAUGUGCUGCUGACUCCCUCCACUCUGACUGAUGCAGCCUGUUACUCUGACUUCACACAGGAAGACAACCGAACACGCAGCGCACAGGAAGAUGUCUUCACCCAGCCUGUCAACAUGGCAGGUCUGCCUGCUGUCUCUGUGCCAACUGCUUUAUCAAGACGGGGCCUUCCCAUUGGUUUACAGCUCAUUGGUCCAACCUUCCAAGACAAGAAGCUGCUUAGUGUUGCCCAAUGGAUAGAGCAGAGGGUUGGGUUUCCCUCCUUCAGUGACCAUAGAGACUCCAACGAGAGCAGCUGUGACAUAGAAAUGACCAAAAGGGAGCAGACUUCAGCUGUAUGAGGAGAACUGUGGACACAAGAGACCCACUAUUGACAAAUUCACCAAAUACAGGCACACAACAUAGACUGUGUCAUAUUAUUGAUAUUCUUAGCUCAUAGCUCGUAAGAUGCUAUGAUGCUAUUAACAUUUUUUGUUUCAGCCACUAGUCCAUUGCUAUAGCUUUAAGUUUCCUUGAUGAAAUGAAACAUAAUUUUACAACAAGUGAUGAAGCAUCACAUUUUAUGUGCAACUUGCUGCUGUAUUUGUCGUCUGAAGGUGAUGCUAUUAAAUAAAUACAAGUUGGGAGAUUUA